CCCUGUGGGCCGCCACCCCGUCGGCGGCGGACAUCAACUCGUACUGGGCGACCGAGCACGGCGGCAUCGUCUUCAGCCGCGAGCUCCGCCGCCUCCGGCCGUCCCAGACGGCGGAUGACCUGGCCACUGUCGUGGGUGGCCGCGGACGUGUACAUCUUCGAGGAGGACCCCAGAACUCUUGGCGCAGGGCGAGGGCGCCGACCUCUGGAGGGCGAGGCCGGCCGAGGCCGGGGAGUGCGGGGAGAUUGUGUCCGCCGCCCGGCGCCUUUCCCGAGCAUGAUGCGCUGCGUCUGGGGGGACCUCGAGCACCUGGGGC